GAUUUCGCAUAGGUUGUAUUGUAUUCGUACAAUAUGAAAAUACGUUAUAAAACAUAACAGUUUGGUUCCAAACGUUCCCGGUGGUAUACAUUUCGCUAACGCGAGAAAUAUUGAGUUGCAGUUGUUUGCUUUUUGACGUAUGUAUUUCAGUACAGUUAUCAAAUUAGCACGGAGCUACAAAAUGAUUGGUCGACGAAGCAACCAACAUUCAAAAACCUUCUAAUUCCGCCCUGGAAAUGCUCUUGUCAUCUUAGUCCGGCGCGAUCUUGCGGUAAUCAUAUUAAUGUCCACCGGAAUUGCAGCUCGUCAAGUAUUUACCGCUCAUCAUUGCGGCCUUCAUCAUCAUUAUCGCCGUUGAGUAGAUAUAUACACUGUGCAGUAAAGUGCUGUGAUUAUUUUUUAAGAUUGCCCAGCUUAACGUCCGUUUAAUGUGAUUCUGCGAAAAUUUACAAUAUCAUCUCAACUGGUCAUUAUCCAGAAAAAACACUUAGUCCACACUCAGUGCUGCUGGGUAUCCGGUACAGCGGGAAUGCGUCGUACGCGGCGUAAUCGUCACAAUCAUAUACCGUAUACACUGCCCGUGUUACAUCGUAAAAUCGAUCCGUUUGGCUUCAUUUAGCCCCGUCCGCUGGAGUACUGCGUAAUAAUUAUAAUCCCAUUCCAUAAGUCAAUUCCCGUACAGCUUCUUGCCGGUCCCGUCUACGCUGUACCGCGCCCGCAUAUAUAAAUGUGACGGGAUUUGUGCAUUGGCUAUAUAUGCGCCCCAAGAAAUCACUUGAUUAAAUCAGCUUACCGGACCGGUGUGGCACCGGGCGCCCCUGUUGCUCUAUAUGCCGCCUUAUAAGAAUCCGUCAGUCUUCAUCACAUGCUCCUUUCCGAAUAACCCUGAUCCUACCUACCGGAUGUGGUACUUUGUGGGGUUUCACCGUUGGACGCAGGGACGUUAGAAAAUUCCGUUUGACACACACGCUCGCGCCGGUUAUCAGUUGUCGUGUCGCAGUCAUGCCGGCGCCAACUACAAUGGAACAAAUUGUCCAUGUCCUAAUUAGGGACGAUGUGCCGAAGGUUAAUUACAACUACACCCAUGAAGAGCCCGGUGAUCCCAAUAUGCGAUUCGGUGUGAAGAAUGUCAUGGUCAUCGUCACCUAUGCCAAUUUAAUAUGGAUAUCGCUGCUGGGGAAUGGUGUGGUAUUCUGGAAGUUAUAUGGAAGAAAGAAUCGCAGCCGUGUACAUUUUAUGUUGCUGCAUUUAUGUGUUGCCGAUAUCCUCGUGACGGUCAUUGAAAUGCCACUACAGAUUGCGUGGAAAACUACCGUGCAGUGGCGUGCCGGUGACACAGCGUGCCGGUUCCUUGCUGGACUCCGCGUAGUGGGAUUGUAUCUCAACGCUUUUCUCCUGAUCGCCAUCAGCGUGGAUCGUUUUAUGUCCGUAUGGGAUCCACUGUCGACGGCCCGCAAGGCCACCAUACGGGCCAAAGCCAUGGUCUUUCUCUCCUGGAUACUGAGUGUGGUGUGCGCCAGUCCGCAAUUGUCCGUAUGGAGCCUGAAAACCCAUCCCAUACACUCCUGGUACCAACAGUGCGUGACCUUUGAUGCCUUCCAAACCCGCACGGCGGAGCUGGCCUACGGAUUACUGAUCACCAUUCUCAUGUAUGGCUUGCCCCUGGUGACCAUUAUCGUGUGCUAUUUGGGAAUAUGGCUACGCAUCUCCCAGUAUUCGCGCCAGUCACGACAGCAAACGGACAAUCCCGCUCCAACGCACAACUGCAAUGCUGGAUCAAGCGAACGGCUUUCUUGCACAACACCGGUGUCACAAGAUUUAACCCGGGAUCGCAAUUCGGCGGAUUUCAAGCAAAUUUUGAUUAAUCCUCAUGGAGAUUUUUUAUCCAAAGCUAAAUCACGCACUCUACGGAUGACCGCACUGGUCGUCCUGAUAUUCAUUGCCUGCUGGUCGCCCUACCAAAUCAUCCACAUAUGGUUUUUUGUGGCGUGACUCGGCCGCUGAAAUCAAUCCUUUGCUGCAAGAGAUUCUGUUUAUUUUGGAGUGUUUAGCUGCGUCGUUGAUCCGUAUGUGUAUGGAUUGUAUUCUAUGGGAAUUUGGAAAGAGAUCAAAACUUGGCAGAAGCUGCGCUGUGCCGGGCAAGAUGCUCGCUGGAAUCGCAAAUCGGCCAAGCGGGCCAGUUUCUGUGCUCAUCAGCCAAAAGAUCUGUUUCUGCGCGAAUCUUCCUUAGGACCCUUCCAGUUGAAAGCCGGCAACACUAUUUUCCAUUUCCAAAAAGCUUAUAGACACUAUAAUUCACCAAUGAGCCGAUGUGCCGCAACCUGUUGAAUUUUGAUCUUUAGCAUAAAGUAUUUGCCAGAAUUUUAUGUGAACAUAUACAUGACAUGUAUUGCAGUUAUUUUUACUAAACCAAUUAAAACGAUAAUUCUCCGAAAGUAGAUAUACUGUACUCAUAGAACACUUAUUGUCUGAUGAUGAUAUCAGCACAAUUAAUUCGUUGUUCGCAUUGUAUGUAAAUGUAACCUUUCGGUGUUUAUUUUGUUUUUACGACCUUUAAUUACCUAUGUACUGUAGCUUGACCUUGGGCACAAAUAAAAG